CAAUGCCCCAUAGCAACAUCAGUACCAGCGGAGGAGCGCUGAAGCGGACGACCUAGGUUAAAUAUCCUGAGAAUAUCUGAAACAGGUGCUGCAUGCGGACAGCAUGGACGACCAGAAGGAGUCACUGAGGAAGAUUAUCACUACGUUGGCUCUGAAGAAUGAGGAAAUUCAGAAUUUCAUCUGCUGUCUAAAGCAGAGUCUAGAGAACCUAGAGGUGAAUUCAAACCGAGUGCAGGAGGAUCUGGAGUCAGAGUUUAGUUCUCUGCAUGCUGUCCUGGAUGAACUGAAAGAGGGCAUGGUCACACGAGUCAAACGGGAAAGAGCCAGUCGCACAUAUGAGCUACAGAGUCAGCUGAGUGCAUGCACCAAAGCCCUAGAGAGCUCAGAGGAGCUGCUGGAAUUAGCCAAUCAGACGCUCUGCUCAUCUGAGAAUGACAGCUUCACUCAGGCUGCCAAAGAGAUAAAGGAUAGUGUGACUAUGGCUCCAGCAUUUCGUCUGUCUCUGAAAGCAAAGGCCAGUGACAGUAUGAAUCACAUGAUGGUGGACUUCACUCAGGAAAGAAAUAUGCUACAGGCCAUCACAUUUCUUCCAGUGCCUGCUACACCUGAAAUUCACGUGGCUGAAUGCCUGGUGUUUGAUAACACAGUCACAGUGGUGUGGACCUUACCUGAACCCGACUCCAAAAUCGACCAUUACAUCCUGGAAUAUCGGAGAACAAAUCAUGAAGGUCCUCCUCGGGCUCGAGAAGACUACCCCUGGAUGGUGAUGGAGGGGAUAAAAGAGACUGAGUACACUCUCACGGGCCUUCGUUUUGACACGCGUUACAUGACCUUCAGAGUGAAGGCAUGCAAUAAAGCUGUGGCGGGUGAAUUCUCAGAGCUGGUUACUCUAGAAACACAUGCAUUCGUCUUUAAACUGGACGCAGGUUCAGCCCAUCAGAACCUGAAGGUGGAGGAUCUCAGCGUGGAAUGGGACAGCAGCGGUGGGAAGGUAGCCGUCCAGGACAUCCGUAAGGAGAAGAACAGGACCAGCUCUCCUAUGCAUUCUCCUGCCAGGACAGCCAUGAUGUCCCCCAAAAGAGCUCCAUCUGCUAGAGUGGGCCGGGACCGCUUCACAGCAGAGUCCUACACUGUCUUAGGAGACACCAUGAUCGAUGCAGGGCAGCAUUACUGGGAGGUACGGUUUGAUAAGGAGAGUAAGGCGUUUGCGGCAGGAGUCGCUUUGCGGUCUCUAAGUCGCUUUGAUCAGCUGGGGAAGAGUACCGCUUCCUGGUGCAUCCACCUUAACAACUGGCUUCAGCAGAGCCUCACAGCCAAGCACAAUAAUAAAGCCAGAACACUGGACUGCCCCUUUCCCGACCGCAUCGGCAUUUACUGCAACUACGAAGAAGGUGAGUUAAGCUAUAAAUAUGACAAAAUGAGUAAAAUAUUUCGCUUUCACAACCUUCAUACCUUCAGAACCAAGUUCCAGCAGCCUGUUAUACCAGCCUUUAUGGUGUGGAAUGGGAGUUUCUCAGUGCAGACGGGCCUUCAGGUACCCAGCAUCGUGCUGAGCGGUCAGAAGCGAAACAGUAAUACAAGCAGCUCUAAUGCCAGCCUUACUUAAAUCAUACUUCACUCUAGAACUGCUACACGUACACACAGGUUUGGAGAACAUCUGGCAACCCUGACAUAACACUAGCACAACAAAGCCUGGAGGCUCUUCCUAUCAUCAGUAUGUCUUCCCAGCCCAGGGGGAGAGCUGCUCUAGUUUGCUUUCCUCAUUCCUUUUAGCUCACUGAUCUGGAUCCUGUGCCUUUCAGUGUCCUGAAUUGAGACAUAAUGUGGUAUUACUCUAUUUCAACAUGCUAAAAGCUUUAAUAGCCUUGAGUUCAUGUGCAUAUCACUAGGGCCAAAAGUUGUGUUAUGUUUUUUGUAGCAUUUGUUCUUUCAAAUCACAGUAUUUGAGCCACAUUUGAAGUUAUUUCAGUGCAACAGCAGCAUGUUGGUGUUAUUGUUUGAAAUCUCAAAUGAAACUGUAUUGUUUACACACUGAAUGUCUUUAAUUAUAUGCCUCAAAUUCUGCUACAGUGGCUGCUUCCAUAAAUAUUUUAAACGUAUAGUAUCAGAAUAGCACAAUAAUCUUAAGCUUAAUCAUAGAAAUCAAAUGCCUUUUAUAGAAUGUAUUAAUUCAGCAGUUCCAGCAUCUGAGGAGGAAGGAGGCAGGUUUAACAAUCCAUUUGGUUGUGCACAGUCAAUGGUGUGUGUG